AUGUAUGAUGCAGCGACGGUGCUACUCCGAGAGUACUGGCGGGCCACCGGCUGGAAUGAUCAGUCCUCUUAUCUAAAUCUCUCAAAAGCAAGCGAUGUUCUUCUUGACUUUACCACACCUCGCGGUGUAAUAUUUUCGUCGGCCACCCUCACUCCUGCAUCCUCUUUUACGGCGAGCACACGUAUACUGACAGUCCCACUGUCUGGCUUUAUUGCUUAUUCCCAUGCUUCUACGAACUCUAUUUUUGAUUUGGGAUGUAUUCAGGACCCUUUGCGGUGUAUGACGCGUGCGGCUCCUUUUCUCGAGCCAAAUAUGCAUUUCUCGCAACACAAGCAUCAGCCGAAAGCAACACGCGAGAUGCUUUUGUAUGGAAGUAUGCAUGCGCCUAGUUCUUGUGUGGAAGCACUUUGUGUAUUCCGCUUGUCAGAACAUUGGCAGAUUAUGGCUACAGCUUUGUCAAAUGCGCCACGUUUCCCUGUUGUGCCUCUAGGGCGUUGGCUUGGCAUCAUACCUCCGAAUCGUUCGGGCAGUGAGUCAGCAUCAACAAAAGGACCUAUUGGUCCGCCAGGAGUCACAAAUCUUCUUCUCACGCUCCAGCAUCAGUCUUCACGCACAAUGACAGAGUACACUUACUCAUUAGAUGAUGCAUUAUGGGGCGCCAGAAUCUUGCGACAUAUCUGUUCAGUCGCCGACGCUGCCACACUUAGCGCCGGUGGUGAGCUAUUUUUUAGUAUUGCCGAAAAGAGUGGUGGAAGUACGUACAUUGCAUUACUUACAUUUCAUUAG